AUGAACGGAUCUCGCCCACCAAGAGGACCUCGCGCUCGAACCGGCGCCCCUGACCGUGGCGGUAUCCGCAAACGAGGCUCUGCACCACGGCUGGAUAAGGAUGGGGAUCUAGACAUGGGUAGUGAGAGAAACGUGCGGGGGCGCGGUGCAGGAAAGGCUCGCGGACGAGGUGACCUGUCUCGAAGAGUUACCCCAGCAUCAAGACAAGGAGCGACCGACAAAGACAGGACCUUAGACGCUCUUCAAAAAGCCAUAUUCAGCACCUCGUCUCAUGCCAAUAUCAAACGGGGAAGGGCAGAUAGUAUGGCCGUCGAUGACGGCACAUCACAACUCAAAAUCCGCGGAUGGAAAGGCAGCAAAGCGGCUUCGAACUCUGACGGAGGUAUUCAGAGUCUUCUAGCGUUCUUGGAAAAGAAAGCUACACCCCCAGGUCCGAAUACUGGUGUCCGAUUAAGAAUCACAAAGUCGCGAGUUGAAGGAGACGCUCUGAUUAUUUCGGUGCGUCCAGAACAAGCAGAUUGGCUUUUACGUAUCAAUGGAUAUUCCUUCGCAGGGGCUCCCCUUAUCAUCGAGAAACACGAGAAACCGGCAUUUUCGAAGCCAUCUGGCACCCCUUCUCAAGCUGCGCUGGAUACAAAAGCAAAAAUGACAUCAUUCCUGGCCAAGAGAUACUUUGAGCAGAAAAAGCUGCUCGAUUUGUCAAAUUUGGGCACCGACUCCGACCUUGUCGAUAUGGGCAUGUUCAACAGUACUACAACAGAAUCAAAAUUCUUCCCUGCUCUGAUGAAAAUAUGUGAGUUGACAUUUGAUUCAAGCGAAAAACGAAGGGCUGCAGUCGAAAGUGUGAGCCUAGCUCACAACAAAUUGGUCAACGUUGCCCCUGUCACUGCUUUAGCACAGACUUUUCCAGAUUUGAAAAAUCUAGACUUAUCAGACAACGACCUGAAAAGUACUCAGAACUUGAGCAGUUGGAGAUGGAAAUUUCGGAAUCUUGAAUUCCUCGAUCUUUCUGGAAACGGAGCUAGUUCAGAAGCAGAUUUCAAAGAGAAACUUUUAAAAUGGUACCCAAAAUUACAAUAUCUAAACAAUAUAGCUGUCAGAACAGCAGAUGAGAUUGCAGCAGCAAAGAAGACACCUAUUCCAGUUAAAAUUCCGUUUUUUCGCGAUGAGUCUGCUAUUGCCGAAAAUUUUCUGAAGAUGUUUUUUGUCAGCUUCGACAACAACAAAAAUGAACUGCUGAACUUCUACGACAGUCAAUCCGUUUUUUCUUUUAAUGUGAAUAAUAUGGCGCCUCGAGCGUUGCAAACAGAUCCACCAGCAAAUUGGGAUGCAUAUAUCAAAAAGAGUAGGAACCUCCUAAAAAUCAAUUAUGUUUCUGCCAGAAUGUCCCGAGCUUUUAUUGGGGUUGAAAAUAUUCGAACUUUAUGGAACUCACUACCUCGAACUCGUCAUCCUGAUUUAUUAUCAGACCCAAAACAGUGGCUAAUCGAAUGUCACCCAAUUCCUGGCCUUCCUGACCCAACUGGCCAAAGUGUGACUGGUGUUGGUGGGCUCCUUCUUACUAUCCAUGGGAAAUUUGAUGAACUUGAUGCGUCUGGGAACCUAACUCAAACACGAAGUUUCGACCGUACACUUGUGCUAGGUCCAGGCCCUGGGCCAGGAGGAAUAAGAGUGAGCAACGAUAUGCUCUGUUUGAGAGCAUAUGGGGAUUGUCAAGCCUGGGUCCCCGAAGGUCAACAGCAAACAAUUCCAGCCGUAUCAUCGAUACCGACACCAAAUCCCACCACAGCCCAAGUUCAGCGAUCCCACCCUCAAGCUAAACCCGGAUACGGAUUACCCACCCCAGGGAAAUCAGAUGAGCAAGUUAGAAAAGAGCAGCUAGUGCUCGAGAUUAGUUUCAGGACAAAAAUGACCCUGGAAUUUUCUGAGAUGGCUCUUUCUGGCAACGGCUGGAACCUGGAGGAAGCAUUGAAAAACUUUGAAAUACUUAGGGCCCAGGAACAACUUCCUGCGGAUGCAUUCCUAGUUGGGUUAUGA